AUGGCUGAGCCUGUUUUCAAGAGAGUGAGGCCGGUGCCAUACGCUUUACAGGAGGAGGUUGACAGGGAGCUCAAGAAGUGGGAAGACUCUGGAAUCGCCGAAAGGAUCGAGUACUCCGACUGGGGAACGCCUCUAGUGGUGGUGCCGAAGCCUGGGGGCGGGGUGAGACUGUGCGGGGAUUAUAAGUUCACAGUAAACCCGCAGCUGGACGUGCCAAAAACGCCCAUGCCAAGCCUAGAAGAUAUUCUGACCAGGAUGGCCGGUAUGAAGAAGUUUUGCAAACUGGAUCUCAGUACGGCCUAUUUACAGAUGCGUCUUGACGAGGACAGCCAGAAGGUGACCGUGCUCAACACCCCGAGAGGACUUCUAAAAAUGAAACGCCUGCCUUACGGCAUCUCAGCAUCACCGGCCAUAUUCCAGAGCACGAUGGAAAAGGUGCUGGAAGGUCUUCCGGGUGUAACCUGCUUCUUAGACGAUGUCUUGGUGGCGGGAGCAACGGACAAUGAAACUCUGGAGCGGUUGGAUGAAACACUGAAGAGGUUGAAGAAAUGGAAGCUAGUCCUGCAACGAAAGAAGUGUGAAUUCAUGAUGACGUCACUCCAGUAUCUGGGAGUGGAGCUGAGCGGCAGUGGCGUCCGAACGGUGAAAGAAAAGGUGGACCCAGUGCUGCAGGCGCCGAGACCACAGAAUGUCGGCGAACUGAGAAGCUUCCUGGGAGCGGCCACUUUCUAUGCCCGAUUUGUGGCUGACAUGUCCAAGGUGGCCGCCCCGCUACACCGGUUGCUGCAAAAGGGACAUAAGUGGCGAUGGACUGAAGCUGAGGAAGACAGCUUUAACGAGCUAAAGCAGAGACUCGCCCAGGCUCCCGUUUUGGCGCAUUAUGACGGAAGUAGGCCGGUGAGAUUGAUCACAGAUGCCAGUCCUCAUGGAUUAGGGGCUUCUCUCAUGCAAGUGGACCACCAUGGGAACGAGCGACCGGUGAGGUUCGCCUCAAGAAGCUUGACAAAAGCGGAGAAGAACUACGCCCAAAUUGAACGGGAGGGACUGGCUGUCAUAUUUGGUGUCACCCGAUUCAAACAGUACCUCUGGGGUAGAAAAUUCACACUGGUGACGGAUAACAAGCCCCUCACAUCUCUGCUGGGACCGAGGACACAGUCUCCCGCACUAGCAGCAGCCCGAAUGCAGAGAUGGGCGCUGACUCUGGCAGCUUACACGUAUGAUGUAGAGUAUAGAAAGGCGGAGGAGAUUCCGAUGGCAGACUUCCUAUCACGCCUUCCCGUUCAGGGGGAGCCAGAGGAGCUGACUAACGUGCAAGAUGACGCUUCCGUGUGCUUCCUGGAACAGUUGGACAGGAUAGAGCCGCUGACCUGUGAGGACAUCAGGCGAGCGACACGCCGGGAUAAGCUGCUUUCAAGGGUCGCCCAGUAUAUCCACAGCGGCUGGUCGGAACGAGGACCAGUGGAGCUACAACCGUUUGAAUCCAAGAAGAACGAGUUGUCUCUCAGCUACGGCUGCGUGCUCUGGGGAAACCGGGUAGUCAUCCCCGAACGCCUCCGGCGAGAAGUGCUGAAAGAACUUCAUGACAGCCACCCAGGGGUCAGUAAGAUGAAGAUGUUGGCCCGGAGCUACGUAUGGUGGCCGGGGAUCGACGAUGACAUAAAAAAAUCUAGUGAGCGGCUGCCCAGGAUGUCAAGCAGGACAGAACGAGAGACCGGCGGUAUUUCUACAUCCCUGGGAGCGCACUAA